UGUGUGAUUGGUUGACGGCCAGUUACUGGGUGAACUUGGGCCGACCACAGGCGAUCGGAGGCAGUCGGGGUGUCGCCGUCGGACGAGGAUCGCUCGAAAUUUGAGGUCAGGAUGGCACAGAUGCGGCUGUUGGUGAAGGGCGCGGCGCAGGUGGUCCGCGUGGCAGCCGCAGGAGAGAAGGUCAAGUUAAAGGAUGCUAUGAGCGAUCUGGCCAUCGUCAACGCCACGCAGAGGGAGGGCGUGUCCAUCGCCGUCAACCGUGAUGGAACGAUCGCUGCGGUAGGCCUGGACUCUGAGGUGGCAGACAUGUUCCCGGGGGCGUCGUGGGAGACCGUGAUCGAUGCGCAUGGGCGCUCAGUCGUACCCGGCCUCGUCGACGCCCACACUCACCCGGUCUGGGCAGGAGACCGCGUCCAUGAGUUUGCUAUGAAGCUUGCGGGCGCGAGCUACAUGGAGGUGCACGCAGCGGGCGGAGGCAUCAACUUCACGGUGGAGCACACCCGCGCCGCCUCCGAGCAGGAGCUGCUCGAUCUCCUCCUGCCGCGCCUCCGACGCAUGUCAAGCGCAGGCACGACCCUCGUCGAGUGUAAAAGCGGCUACGGCCUGGACGCGAGCACGGAGCUGAAGAUGUUGCGGGUGCUGGAAAAGGCACGUCCGCGCGCCUCCCUCGCGAUCUCCUCCACCUUCUGCGGCGCCCACUCCGUGCCCAGGGGUAUGACAGCAGACGAAGCGACGAGAUCUGUUAUUGAGGACCAGAUACCUGCUAUCAAGGCUGCCAUGAAGUCGGGAGAGCUCAACGUGGACAGCAUUGACGUUUUCUGUGAAAAGGGAGUGUUCAGCGUAGACCAAACUAAAAGAAUUUUAGAAGCUGGAAAACGGGAGGGACUCUUGAUAAAUUUCCAUGCGGAAGAACUUCAUCCCCUGAAGAGUGCAGAGAUGGGGGCUGCGCUUGGGGCUGAGGCAAUGAGUCACCUGGAGGAAGUGUCUGAGGAAGGCAUUGAGGCUAUGGCGAGAGCGGGGACCGUGGGCGUGCUGCUGCCCACUACCGCCCACAUCCUCCGCCUUCCCCCUCCGCCCGCCCGUGCCAUGAUCGAUGCGGGCGUACCUGUUGCCCUUGGCACUGACUUCAACCCCAAUGCCUUCUGUCUUUCCAUGCCUCUUGUGAUGCACUUGGCGUGUGUCAUUCUCAAGAUGUCUUUGAGUGAAGCACUCACCGCGGCGACCCUACAUGCCGCCCACUCAUUGCGGAAGGCCCACGCCCAUGGAUCCAUAGAACCAGGAAAAUACGCCGAUCUUGUCAUCGUAGAUGCCCCUAGAUGGGAACACCUUGUGUACCAGCUGGGAGGCACAGACCAUGUAAUCUCCCAUGUUAUCAAGGCCGGCGCUGUUGUCCAUGAGAGAAAAUGAAAUAAAAAGGAAAUAAC